CCUCUGAGCGACGGAACCUUGUGUUUGCGAUUGGGAAUGCAGGCUGAUUAUGUGCUCAUAGGUGGCACAGGUGGCAUCGAGCCCGGACAGCUGGUCAGUGUUGCAGCGCUGAUGAUCUUCGCUGAGCCGAAGUCGGAUGCCAACUCUGCUCUCGCACAAGUAGGCAGACUUGACAGCAGCCACUAACAGCCUGAUAUGCAUAUGCGAGCUCCUACGGCAUGCUGCUGAGGAGCAACUCCGGCGAGCGCACGUGAGGAUGAGUUUCGCGAUGAUGUCGAUGACUCGUGAACUGUUCAAUGGCGAUGAGAGGACCAGCUCUCUGUCGAGCCCUUGCCAGGCCGACGUGUCAAGUGAGGCAUAGCCCGAGGCCAAGAAGAGCUUCUACAGCGCUUCCGGGGCCAGCACCCCAAGGCGUCAGAGUUGGCUACGUCUUUGCCGCACUCGCUGUGAUCGGCAUCUCAGCGACGGGCUACGGACUAUGGGACUACUUCUCAGCCUUCAGAGUCUGGCCCAAAGAGAUCAGGGGUGACCUGCGAUCUGCCCUGCGAUGUAAAGAGCGAGGCGAGCAGCGCAAGGCCGAGCAGUUCUUCCAGCGAGCUUUGACCAAUGCAGAGGCAUUGCUCUACAGCGGCAAUGCAGAGCUUGGUGCGCCCCUAUCCGCACAGCUCAAGGUCAGCGGGAUCGCAAUCGCACUGGCCGCUCUGCUAGAGGAGCAAGCCAAGCUCGAGCCGGCACUUGAGAUCUACGAGCAUGCAUUCGAGCAAGUCAGAAAUUUCUCGUCCGCUACCAACGAGGUCGGCUCAGAACUGAGCAUGCGCGGCAUAGCAUUGGCACAGAAGAUCGGAGAGAUCUCGCAGCGAUUGGGCGGCGAGGAUCACAUGAUGCGCGCCGAAAAGAUGCUCUCCUGGUCCUUGGAGGAGAUGCUUCGAGCAAGCGCGGCAGAUCAGCAGAGACAGAGCAAAGGCUCAGGCGCUCUCAAUGAGACGCCGGAUGAAACGAGCAUAAUGGCCAGCGAACUCGUACUGCCCGGUUGGAUCACCCAAGCCAACCUAGGCGCCAGCAUGGAGAAUUUGGGCGCGUUGUAUGCGAGCAAAGGACAGGCAGAAUAUGCAUUACAGCUUUAUAUACAAGCGCUCGGUAUCAUCAUGAAAUCCCCAGAUCCUGCCAAGCGGACCCCGCCACCGAUACAGGACCGCUGUCACGGCGCAACCAUCAUGAACAACAUAUCAUCGACGAUUGUCGCAUCGUCAGCCGACGACAGGAUAAAGAGUGCCUCUUCCUGGGCCAACAAGGCACUCGAGAUUGCUCGCCACACCGAGACAGCGUCUGUGGAUGCACAGAGAGAAGCAGAAGCGGGCGAGUGUAAGGGCGUCAUUGCUGUCGCUCUUUACAACCUUGGCAUGAUCUCAGAGCUCGAUGGCAACACGCAAAACGCAAUCAAGCUCUUCCGCGAAGCGCGAGAGCAAGCGCGUCUCAUCAAGCUGCCCGAGGGCGUCCGCCACGCCAAUGACGCUCUCCGUCGGUUGAGUGCCUCGUGAUAGCUCUGUCACGCGGCAGGCAUGACGUAAUCUGCAUCACAUACAAAGUCUACUCGUCCAGUGCGCCA